CUUUUGUUGGCUACAGUCCAAACUAUGUCUUCCAAUGCUGCGACUGCUGUCGGCAUCCAAAGAUUAUCUAACUUGCUUAAACACUUGGAGACUCUUCUAGACCCCGAGACAGACAGCACCUCUGGAACGACACACACAGAAGUCAGGAUGAAGUUGCUGGUUCAGCUUAGUAUUCUCUUCCUCUGUCUCAUCACCUGUAAGCUCACUGAUGCCAGAGCCUUCACCCCUGAAGGAGUUCCAUAUGAUGAGCCCCCGGCAGUCCCAUACUGGCCAUACACCACCUCAGACUUCUGGCACUACGUAGAGUACUUCAGGUCUAUUGGAGCCUACAACCACAUCAAUGAAAUGGCCCGGGCCUUCUAUGCUCACCAACACCUGGGAGACACACUGGGAUAUGAGACCAACGAGGGACAUGAACAUUGAGGAGAGAGAGAGAGAGGGUAGAGGGAGAAUGAGAUCGAGAAGGUGGGGAGAGGGGCAGGAAGGGAGAAAAUAGGGGGAGAAUAUAAGGAGAGGGGGAGGGAGGAAAAGAGGGCAACAUAAGGAUAAGUCAUAUUGUCAAUUGAAAUGCAUUUAAAAAACAAGGUUAUAUAAAUAUGUAUUUGGACCUAUCAUUAAAUAUAUGAAUGCAUCUCACAGAUGAGAAGAAAAAAACGUAAUUCCAAACACUGCUAUAAUCUAAAAAGUCAUAUCAAUGUAAUGUGCAAUAAUAAUACAUUUUGACAAGAAAUGUGAUCUCGUUGUC